CACUGGCUAUAAAUAGCUUUCGAUUAGAUAAAGCGUUGAAAAUACAUGUGUUGGUUUAUACUUGAAAAUUGUGCAGAACAAUAUCUCGGAACUUUUAGUUUUUCUCAACUAAACCAAUUGAAGAUUUUAACGCGGACAAAAAAAAACAAGACCAGCCGAAUACGAGGGUGAAGAAAAGAAAAAAUGAGACGUCUCUUACAACAACAAACACGCAAGCUGCAACGUGAAGAGUUAUUUUCAACAGAAACCGGUAAAAUAGUGGGCGGCUUUGCUAAGCCAUAUAACGAUAUACCGGGGCCAAAAGGACCGUUGAGUUUGGGUAAUAUUUUCAAUUACUUACCAAUUGUUGGUAGUUACUCGUGGCUAGAGUUGCACAAAGCCAGUCGCGACAAAUAUGACAAAUAUGGCGUUAUCGUUAAAGAGACUAUGAUACCCAGUGAGGAUAUUGUCUGGCUGUAUGAUCCCCGAGAUAUAGCUACCUUACUAAACGAGAAAGAUUAUCCAUUACGUCGAAGUCAUUUAGCAUUGGCUAAGUAUCGUAAAGAUCGUCCCCAUAUUUAUAGAUCAGCAGGCCUAUUGCCAACCAAUGGCAGUGAAUGGUGGCGCCUACGUUCUGAAUUGCAAAAAGAAAUUAGUGCUCCAAAAUCUGUACGUAGUUUCCUACCUGACGUUGACGAGGUGACAAAAGAAUUUUUACAUUAUUUACCAAAAAAUCAAAGUUUCGAUGCUUUACCAAAGAUAUCACGUUUAAAUUUAGAACUGACCUGCCUAAUAACGUUUGGUGAACGACUUGAUUCAUUUGUGGCCGUUGAACAGCUACCUAAUUCGAGAUCUUCAAGACUUAUGCUUGCUGCCGAAACAACCAAUAGUUUAAUUUUACCCACCGAUCAAGGCUUUAAAUUAUGGCAUUAUUUUAAAACGCCAUCUUAUAUCAAAUUAAGCAAAUCUCAAGAAUAUAUGGAAAGUGUUGCUAUAGAUCUGGUAUCUCAAAAAUUAUGCUUUUUCAAGGAAUCUGGUGCCGGCAGUCCUUCAACGCUACGAAGAACUUCAUUAAUCGAAGAGUAUUUAAAAAAUCCUAAUCUAGAUUUAAGUGAUGUUGUAGGAAUGGCGGCUGAUUUGCUUUUGGCAGGUAUUGACACCACAUCAUACACUACAGCCUUUGCACUCUACUAUAUAGCCAAAAAUCCUCAGGUUCAGCAGAAACUGUACGAAGAAUGCGAAAAAGUUUUAACGAAUCAAACCUCUCCCCUGGAAGGUGAUGUGCUUAACACGGGAGUACCUUACGCUAGAGCAUUAAUGAAAGAGGUUUUUCGCUUAAAUCCCAUAUCGGUGGGUGUUGGUCGCAUAUUGCAACGCAAUCUUAUACUUGGCGGCUAUCAUGUCCCUAAAGGGACUGUGGUAGUAACACAAAAUUUGGUUGCCUGCCGUUUGGAAUCGAAUUUCAAAGAUGCCUUAAAAUUUAGACCAGAACGUUGGCUUGAUCACCCUAGAAGUUCUAUGAAUCCGUAUUUGGUGUUACCAUUCGGUCAUGGCAUGCGGGCUUGCAUAGCUCGUCGUUUAGCGGAACAAAAUAUACUAGUGUUCCUAAUACGGCUAAUACGUAACUACGAAAUCAUGUGGAAAGGCAACGAUGCUGAAAUGGAUAUUAAAACGUUGCUAAUAAAUAAACCAAGUCUGCCGGUCGAUAUUGAACUAAAAGAAAGAUCAUAAACGUACCGUCAUUUACAAGUCUAAUCGCCUAGAACGUUGUUAAAAACGUAUAAGCGUUUAAAUCUUGCAUCUGAUUUACAUGCAUAAAAUCGAAUGUAAAUUAGCAGUAUAUACCUAUAUAGGUUUCCUCUCUUUUUAUUUUUAUUUUCAUUAUUAUUAUUAUUAUUAUUAUUAUUAUUUUUA